GGGCUAACGGGUCACUAGGUCACCUUCCAGGUCCAUCUCCGUGUCUGACGUGUUUCGCAUUUCAAGGUCGAACGCACUUUCUGCACGGCGACACCCAUGACUAAGUGAACGAGGGGCUGCCACCAGCGAACCCCCAUGAACCAGCAACACAGUGUCCAGUGGUAGCUCAGAUAUUCGCCCAGGGUAUUUAUGAGAUAGUCCAACGACAACCCCUACAAAAGGAGGAGACGGAGAGAGGCGAGAAGAAGGAAAGAGAGGCAAGGAGAAAAGGAAAGAGAAAAAAGGCGGGAGUCAGAGAAAAAACGAGGAUUUGGAAAGCAGAAAAAGGAGAAGCAGAGGAGACAGAAAACUUUGUAUACACAGACACGCGACAGCUAAAACCGCCAACAUGAACCCAGCCAAUAUGCAGCCAACAUUUAUGGGCUUCUAUAACAGCAUGGCCAACUGCUUCAGGAAAUAUACAGCGCCCCUGGGCACUCGCAAGCCCAACGGCACGGAGAGCAGCGAGGGAGCCCCGAGUGAGCCGGAGCAGGACCCCCUGGCCCAGAGCGCAACGCAGGAGGAGGAAGCCCAGAACCUCGGGAACCAAGUGACUGAGGAACCCGAGGAACCUGAACUCCCCGCGGAGCCCGAACUCCCCCCCGACGUGCUUCACAAACACGACGAGAACAUAGUGUUUAAGAUCCUCACACAGGAGUACGCGGACAGAGCGGUCGACCUCCUGUGCAAUCACUUCUUCAAGGACGAGCCCCUUGGGAAGGCCCUCUAUCUUGACAGUCCUAGAGAGGUUGACCAUUGGCUCUCCAAAAUCCUGCCACACUUGAUUUCCCACGGCGUCUCAGUGAUGGCGAUAGACGAGUCUGCUGACGGGCGCCUUGUGGGCGUGGCUAUCAACAGCAUCAAGAAGCGUGGAGAUCCCCCGGGACCCGACGACUUUCUUAACUGGAUUGACCCUCAGAAGGAUCCCAAGAUGUACAGGAUCAUGUCCUUCCUACAACAGCUGGCUAGUGAUAUAGAUUUCUUCGGACAAUAUGGUGUCGACAGGUUCAUGAGUUUCGAACUCCUGAACGUGGACAAAUCCUAUGGCGGUCGUGGAAUCGCCUCCAUGUUAGUGGAACAGUCGUGCAAAGUCGCUCGGGAUCAAGGUUUCACUUGCCUCGUGGUGGAGACGACAGGCAUCUUCUCCGCCAAAAUCUUUUCCCGCCACAACUUCAAGACCAUUCGGGAGGUCCAGUAUUCGUCAUACCGCCAGAACGGACUCAUCUGCUUCCCCAACACCGGAAUCCACACCUCCGCCCGCGUGUCCGUCAGGCUUCAAGAACCCGCGAACACCAACUCUUAGAUCCCCGAUUGUCCACCUUAGGCCCACGUGACGCGACGAGUCGCCGCCCUUUUGCCGCGAGACCAAUUCCAAAACCCAUUGGCAAUAACAAUAGUGUAGAGGACGUGUAAUAAGUAUAACGUUUAGUGCAGAAGCGAACCCAAAAACUGAGCAUUAUAUAAUAUAUCUUAAGACCUGCUCCAAGACGCUCUGUGAAGCAAUGGCCGGGUAAAAGCUGGGUUGCAUGUAUUUAAACCGUGGCUCAAAAAAGUGGACUUCACUAAUCAGGACUGUCUAUUUCGACGAAUCUAAUGGUCUCUUGCGGUUCUCUCGUCGCAGUGGAAAAUAAAUACGUAGUAUAUAAGUAAUAUCACACCAAUAAUAUAAUGUUUUAGGGUAAACUAGAAAAUAAUUAAUCACCUCUGAACAUAAGCAUGAGGAAAAAUAUAUAUAUAAAAGAAUGUUCCAUGUAUCACAACACUGUAUGGGGUAAAGAUUGAAAAGGCCUUUAUGUUCUUCUGCAUCUCCGACGAGCCCCACCUCGCUCGUCUCUUGUUCUUCCAUCAGUGCUAUCUGCCCUUUACUCUCCCGUGGGCGUACUACUCCUGUAUGUCAACUUGUCUGGAUCAUGUUUACAUAUCUACUACUACUAUUGUGACUAGUUCUCGUGUGUUUUCACGUUUGUCAAUUUCAUUUGUACUCGUCAUUGACAUCCUUCUCGUGUUCUUACGCCUCCUUUGUCUCCCUUUUUCUCUCUGGACUGUUGAUCCUUAGUCAAAAUAUUCAGGUGUAACCAGGUGGCAAACUGUUUUUUCUUGUAUUACUGAUGUGCGUGAGAAUCAAUUCAAAUUGACCCUAAUAUGGAAAGAAAUAAAGUUAGUUAGAUUCGAACCUUUCUCAGCAUAUGGUUAACAAAAUCAACCUUCCACUUGUCUCUUUGCAAUCAGCCUCAUCACCAACAUUGGGACCUAAGUUGCCAACCAGUGAUAUCUCCGGCACAAGUGCCUAACAUUGUACAUGCGGCCUCUAGCUUCUUUGUAGGCCUACUUUUAAGGGCAACUGCCUCAACUGCCUUCCGUAAGCCACAAAAUAAGAGAAAAUCAAAGCCGUCUGAUGAAGACAGCGAACUCACAUAGAAUCACGCGUCUUCACGAAUAAAGAAUCAAAAACGAAUACUUAGAUGCGUGAUCUAACGUUGCCUAAGCUUGCAUACAAAGCAUCUUUCCAUCUCCACUUCCUGAGAGUCAGUUUCUAUCGAACCCCAUAAUCAUGUCCCUGCCGGGUAUCACAGUCAAUGGCUUCCCAAGGCUCGACCCAAUGGGCGUGCUCCACCGGAAAACUAGAGGCUUACUACGCCCACGAAGCCCAAGGCACCUAGACGCGCCCAUGCCCAUGAAACCUACAUAAGUGUGUUUUUCUUUAAGAUGUUGUUUUGUGUCCUACGACAGCUGUAACGCUUCUUGCCUGUGUGGUCCCCUGUAGCCUUGUAUCAUGUAACUGUUAGAGCUCUCUAGUCAUGGGGGGAGGGGAGAGGAGGACCUCAAUCAACUCUGACUUCAGUUUAAAACCAUCAUUAACAUUAACAUUCCCAUUGGCAAUACUCUUCGGGAUGGGUAGAAAGGGUGAUGAUAAUAAUGAGGUCGGAAGGGAGGGUGGGAUGGAGCACGCUAAUAAAUUAAGGUGUCGCGGAUAGCUGCGCACGGUAUUUAAAAGAAAUGCUCCAUCCCCGCCCUUCCUAAACCACAGGAUGUCCUUCAGGGUUACCGAAAAAAAUGGAAAAUAAGUAAUGUCCUCCCGGUGGCGAGCACACAACCCGCUACCACAGCAACCUCUGCAUCUCUGCUUUCCUGUUCGCAUAACUUAGUCAAAAGUUUGGUCAACUCAACUACCAUCGCGUGAUGUUUUAAAUCUUACAUUAAAUGAACAUGGAGUAUGAUAAACAUAAAAAUAACAAUAAAACAAAUAAUACAAGAAUAAUCACAGGUAGAUCUCUCAUCCUCGCGAAGUCACGCGGAUGGUACCACUGCCUUGACCAAAAAACAAUAGUAAUAAAAAAGUAUGAAAACAUAUAGACCUACUUAUAUUAUACCACUGUAAAGUAUACAUGUUGUUAUAUAUGUUCUUGUUGAAAUUUGAAACGCCAUUUCUAUGUGUGUGAAAUAUUCUUCCCUGGAGUGACGCGGCGCCAGGAGGGGCGAGGCCGACAAGGCUACUGUUGUUUCCACCGUCGCCAAGGUAGCUCCUCAAGCUAACAUUAUAAAAACGAUGUGAAAUGAUAAAUGGUUAAUCAGUAAUACCA